CGUAAAACGUAUGGUCGAUAUUACGGUAUUGAGAAAUAGUGUCAGCUUUCGCCUGUUUACCUUCAUAGCCAUUGUGCCAUUGUGCAAUUGUUUAGCAUGGUCGUAAACAUGGCGGACUCCUUUUGGAUUAGCAAGUAUUUUGGACUGUUAGUGAUGUUCACCAACUCCAUGUUUCAAGUAAAAGCAGCUUGCACGUUUCCAACCGAUUUUCAAAACACGUGGACUACGAAUUCAAGAGGAACAUGGACGGCCAACAGUUCCCAUAUCAGCAACUUCCAGACCACUAUGACAACUUCCGGUAACACCCUGUAUACAAUGGGCUGCCAUGAGGCCUACAAUAGUUUCUAUGUACUGAAGUCAGAAGAACUAUUUAACACCACACAGAACGUCUACACGUGUUUAUAUAUCGGGAAGCAGUCCUCUUCUAAGUACACAUAUUCCCUCCUCACAACGCUUCAAACCGUCUCGACGAGUGUGACCGAACGGGUCACCACUUCCGAUUCAGCACUGACAGGCAGUGCCGUCUGCGAUGAUACGGAAUACACGACAUCCGGGGAGAGAACCUACAUUGCUUUGUUGUCAGGUUCGGAGUCCCAGGAUAAGACAACCUGUCCUGAAGUACUACAGAGUACGUUCACGUACAUAGGCACGACCUGUAAUAGCACAUACCUGGACGUCUGUACCGACACGGGCACCCUCACGUUUAAUACGGACACCUGUUCUCAGUCCAUGAUGUUCUCACAGAACGGGACUCUGUAUUGUGUGAACGACGUCACGACAGGCGGGUACUACUACGUCACACUAUAUAACAAUGACCCCUCCACCCCAGACGGUGUCACGUACUUUCAGUUCUCAUGUCUGGUGCUGUUCAGCACCGAUACGUAUGUCCUGGUGAGCGUCAGCCCUAUGGAAUGUGCGUCCGGACAGACCCCUCUAAUAGCGCCCUCUGGUGGUUACAUCACGGCACUACAGAACGACCAAGCCUCAAGCUGUUACACAGCACCUGCUACAGAAGAAAGCAUCAAAACAACUUUGAUCAUUCUGGCUGUGGUGCUGGGAGUUAUCUGUUUGAUCCUCACAGUUGCCGUCAUUGUCUGCAUUUACAAAUACAACCGAAUCAGGGAGAGGAGAAGAACAGGCAGACUCAUUCACUGAAAACAACACCCUUCCCUAUGUAAAUAACAACCGAAUCAGGGAGAGGAGAAGAACAGGCAGACUCAUGCACUGAAAACAACACCCUUCCCUAUGUAAAUAACAACCAAAUCAGGGAGAGGAGAAGAACAGGCAGACGCAUUCACUGAAAACAACACCCUUCCCUAUGUAAAUAGCAAGUGGAUGCACCUCCAUUUUUAUCCGCUGUUUAAUGUGAACUAAACAUUUUCUGAUUUUUGUAUUCAGAGCCUUGAAAGAAUUAUGAUUUUAUGAAAUAUUGCAGCAAUCAGUUCAAAGCUAGACUUGAAUUAAUCGGUUUCAAAAUGUGAGAUGAUAGACAGAAAACAGGUUAACUUCUAGUUCGUGAGCUGCUCUAUUUGAGGUUCCAAAUUAAUCCCUAAGCUUUCUUGCAGUGUCUUCCUUUCAGUCAAUACUGCAUACUCGGAUAAUUACUAUUGGCGUCGUGACAAUCACUGUUCAUAAUCUUAAGUUUUGUAUAUUCAAAUCAUUCACAAUCAAUGUCUUUAAAUCUGUGCCCAGUGUAUCUAACUUCCCUUAGAUAUGACAUGAGAAAUAUAAUACAAUUUAUUUAUCGUAAUUAUUAUGUGUGUUUUGUCUUUUUCAAUAUUUAAUAAAGCAUCU